UAUCCUGAUCGUGCUAUAGGUGUAAGGGCAAGGCCAGAGCUUAAGGGUCCUCGAGGCUUUCCAAUUAUCGGAAAUUUUAUUUCAUUGAUAAGAAGUAAAGGAUAUAUUUAUUAUGUUCUUGAUCUGAUCGACAAGUAUGGUCCUGUCUUUACGUUUACUCUUCCAAAAAAAGGCCGAUUUAUUAUGAUUAAUGAUCCACAAUUAUUAGAACAUAUGCUCAAAACGAACUUUGAAUGCUUUGAAAAAGGUGACAUUUUAUAUGAAUUAAUGUAUGACCUAUUCGGCGAUGGAAUAUUUGCUGUUGAUGGACCUAAGUGGAAAUUUCAAAGAAAAUUAUUAAGUCACUUAUUUCAAGAAAGACAUUUCGAAGACCUUAUAUCUAUAAGUAUGAUAGAAAAGUCUAGAAUUGUAUUAAACAUUUUACAGAAAUGUGCCGAUAGCGGAAAACCAAUCGAUUUACAAGAUUUGUUUUAUAGAUUCACCCUGGAUACUUUAGGGGACGUCUUCUUCAGUGUAGACUUUGGUUGUUUAACCUCCCCUGAAAAACCAGUUCAGUUUGCCAUUGAUUUUGAUAAUGUUCAAAGAACUAUAGAUUGGCGAUGGGAACAACCUUUAUGGAAAUAUAUUGAAUUGUAUAGCGAAAGAGGCAGACAAACACGUAAAACUUGCAAAAAUAUGGAUAAUUAUAUACAUCAUAUAAUAAAUAAUCAUAGAACAGAAAUUGAAGUUGGAAAAAAAACAAAUGAUUUUUUAACCUUGUUUAUUAAUGCUGUUAAUGAAGAUGGAAAGAAACUUAGUGAUAAAGAAUUAAAAGACAUCAUUUUGAAUCUCAUUAUUGCUGGUCGGGAUACUACGGCACAAGCACUGUCUUGGAUGAUGUAUUCUAUAAUGACAGAGCCAUCUGUUGAAGAUUCUUUAUUAAAAGAAAUCAAUUCUAUUCUUUCGCCAGAAACUCCAACUCCAUCAUAUAAUGAUGUCAAACGAUUUAAAUAUACAAACGCAACAUUUUAUGAAACCUUGCGAUUAUAUCCUAGUGUUCCAAAAAAUGGCAAGAUUUGUGUUAAAGAUAACAUCCUACCAAAUGGCAUUCCUGUAUGUGCCAACGAAUUUGUAGUAUAUGUUCCUUGGGCGUUGGGAAGAGAUAAAAAGAUCUGGGGUGAAGAUGCAAAAGUCUUUAAACCUGAAAGAUUUUUAAGAUCUGAAGAUAUGUCGAAACCAAAUCAAUUUAAAUUUAUUGCGUUUCAUGCUGGACCUAGAACCUGUUUGGGGCAACAUUUCGCAACCGUUGAAGCAAUAAUUCUUGUGACGAUGAUGCUAAGAGAAUUUAAGUUUGAACUAGUUCCUGGCCAAAAAUCUCCACCAGAAUUUCAAAAGUCUAUCACAUUGCCUAUGAAAGAACCUUUGAUGACUAAAGUGUCGC